AAGCCGUUUAAAAACGAAUGUUUCCGGAAGUGGCAAGCCGGAGAUGUGAAAUGUAGAUAAUGCACAGCGUGUAUAAAGUUUAAUAUUUUGUCACUGUCCCGACCACCAUGGGCUUUUAUCGAUUUAAUAUUUAGGAAUAUAUGUGAGGAUAAUGAACAUUGCUUAAGGCAUGGCUAACGUGGCAAGGACUGGAGAAAUUAUUCAUCUAAAUGUGGGAGGGAAAAGGUUCAGUACAUCAAGGCAGACUCUGACAUGGGUUCCAGAUUCCUUUUUCUCAAGCCUUCUAAGUGGCCGGAUUUCCACACUGAAGGAUGAAACGGGAGCCAUUUUCAUAGAUCGAGAUCCGACGCUUUUCACCCCGAUCCUCAACUUCCUUCGCACCAAAGAACUGCACCCCAGGUCUGUCAAUGUGCACCUGCUGAUGCACGAAGCUGAGUUCUAUGGCAUCGCUCCAUUAGUUCGGAAGCUGCAGCUCUGUGAUGAACUUGACCGCUCCUCCUGUGGGUCCGUCCUCUUCAACGGCUACCUCCCCCCGCCAGUCUACCCGCAGAAGAAGAGGAACCGGCACAGCGUCCCGGGGCCGCAGUACAUGACCGGGCGCUCGGGCCCCAUGGAGAGGGCGCCGGUGAGGCGGAGCAACACCAUGCCACCCAACCUGGGCAACGCUGGCAUCCUGGGCAAAGUGCUGGUGGAGGAAAGGCCCUCUGGGCAAGCGGGUGAUCCAGGUAUGGUCCGCAUCAUAUGCGGUCACCACAACUGGAUCGCCGUGGCCUACGCCCAGUUUGUGGUCUGCUACAGGGUGAAGGAGUCCUCGGGCUGGCAGCAGGUCUUCACCAGCCCGCGGCUGGACUGGGUGAUCGACAGGGUGGCGCUCAACGCCAAGGUGAUGGGGGGCUCCCUGGGGGACAACGACAAGAUGGUGGCGGUGGCCUCGGGCACGGAGAUAAUCCUGUGGGCCAUCUGCCCCGACGGCAACGGCAGCGAGAUCGGCGUCUUCAGUCUGAACGUCCCUGUAGAAGCUCUCUUCUUCGUCGGCAACCAGCUGAUCGCCACCAGCCACACAGGAAAAGUGGGCGUGUGGAACGCUGUGACCAAACACUGGCAGAACCAGGAUGUGGUUCCCAUUAACAGCUACGACACGGCCGGGUCCUUCCUGCUGCUCGGGUGCAAUAACGGCUCCAUAUACUACAUCGACGUACAGAAGUUCCCGUUGAGGAUGAAGGAUAAUGACCUCCUGGUGACAGAGCUGUACCGAGACCCCUCUGAGGAUGCCAUCACUGCCCUCAGCGUCUACCUCACGCCCAAAACAAGUGACAGUGGGAACUGGAUCGAGAUCGCCUACGGGACCAGCUCCGGCACCGUGCGGGUCAUAGUCCAGCACCCUGAAACGGUGGGCUCCGGUCCGCAGCUCUUCCAGACCUUCUCUGUCCACCGCAGCCCCGUCACCAAGAUCAUGCUGUCGGAGAAACACCUCACCUCGGUCUGUGCGGACAACAACCAUGUGCGCACCUGGACUGUGACUCGCUUCCGGGGCAUGAUCUCCACGCAGCCCGGCUCCACCCCGCUCAACUCCUUCAAGAUCCUGUCCCUGGAGGACAUAGAUGGGCACGGGGGAUGCAGCGCGGGAACGGAGAUCGGACCGUACGGUGAGAGGGACGACCAGCAGGUGUUCAUCCAGAGAGUGGUCCCAGACACAGACAAGGUCUACGUACGCCUCUCCUCCAAUGGGAAAAGGCUGUGUGAAGUGCGCUCUGUGGACGGCACCUCCAUCACAGCGUUCGUGGUGCACGAGUGCGAGGGCUCCAGUCGAAUCGGCUCCCGGCCGCGCCGCUACCUCUUCACGGGACACGGCAACGGCAGCAUCCAGAUGUGGGACCUCACCACCGCCAUGGAAAUUGCCGGAAAAGUGGACGCAGCUGUGGGCGGGCCCACGGAGGAAGAGCUGCUGGAGCUCCUGGACCAGUGUGACCUGGCGCUGACCCGCACCCCUGACAUGAGUCCCGCCGCCUCCUUCACCCACUCCAGCACCCCCGGCAACUCCAUGUGCAGCUUGCAGUCGCAGGCGAACGAGCCGACUUUGCGGGACAAGGGUGCGAGGAGUUUAGGGCCCUUCAUGGGCAGCCUGCCUCGCCCGGCCCCGUCGGGUCCGUUCGGCCGGCCCCGGGAGGGGCCCGUCUCCGGGGCGAUGGGGGGGCUGUCCCACCACCCCCACCACCUGGGCCUGAGCCAGGUGUCGCUGAGCAGCGCGGGCAGCCCCCGCCCGUCCCGGGGCGGCCCCCCCGACUCGCUGCGCAGGGGCAGCUUCGUGGAGCGGUGCCAGGAGCUGGCCAAGAGCUCGGAGCCCGAGGGGGGGCGGCGCAGCCUGGCCGUGUGCAGCGAGCUGGAGGCGCGCCUGGGCUUCCGGACGUCCUCCUCCUCCUCCUCCUUCUCCCCCGCCUCCUUCUUCCCCGCCGCGGCCACCGCCCCCUCCCUGCGCAGGGUCCCGCCCCCCUCGCCCAGCCCUGCCCUCGCCCCCAGCCCCGCCCCGGCCGCCCGCGCCCAGCCAGCCUCCGCCCAGCCAGCCUCCUCCCCGUCGGCCGAGGCCGCGCCCGCGGAUGCUGCCUCCAGCCCCGCCCCCGAGAGCCCCGCCUCCCCGGCCUCCACCAGCCCCAAGCCCCGCAUGAACGAGACCAGCUUCUGAUUGGCUGUUCUGGCUGCUGAGGCGUUAGACAGAGGGAUGGAGACGUUGCUCUCCUGGAUGAAUGUGGGCGGGAUGUGUUAUGAAUAUGGGCGGGGUGUAUUAUGAAUGUGGGCGGGGUGUAUUAUGAAUAUGGGCGGGGUGUAUUAUGAAUGUGGGCGGGGUGUAUUAUGAAUGUGGGCGGGGUGUGUUAUGAAUGUGGGCGGGGUGUGUUGUGAGUGUGGGCGGGGUGUAUUAUGAAUGUGGGCGGGGUGUGUUGUGAGUGUGGGCGGGAGUGUGUUGUGAAUGUGGGCGGGGUGUGUUAUGAAUAUGGGUGGGAUGUGUUGUGAAUGUGGGCGGGGUGUGUUAU